AUGUCCCGUCACACUCUUUUCCAACUAGGAAAAUUACUCUCUAUCAGAUUACGGCCGCAUAUCCUAAAUGUAACGCGUCCAAUUGAUACUUGUAUAUGCAUAUCGCGCACGCAUCCCACCUUCCAAAAUUCCGUUUUUUAUCGACCAUAUUCAUCCAAGAAAGAUAAGAAGGGUAACAAGAAACAGAAACAUAGCAAACCAAUAGAUGAUCUGGAUGAACCGGAGGAUGACAACCCCCGCAAAAGUGGAAAAAAGAAAGACUCUGCAUCUGAUGCACUCGAUUUUGAUGUGGAGACAUUGGAAGAUAAAAUGAAAGAUAUCAUUGAGAGAUUAAAGAAGGACUACAGUACCAUGAGAGCUGGAAGAGCGAAUCCUGCUCUACUAGAUUCAAUAGUUGUACCUCAUUCGACUGGCAAAACACCGCUCAAAGAUCUUGCUCAGGUCAUAGUCAAAGAUCCACAAAAUCUCAUCGUGACUGUUCAAGACAACUCGCUGCUUACAGCAAUUGACAAAGCUAUAAGGACGUCAGAGCUUAACCUAAAUCCCCUUGAGGAUACGAAAGGCCUACGAGUACCAAUACCAAAGCACAAAUUAGUCAAUAUCGCAAAGAAAAACGCAGAGCAUGCACGACAGAAGAUUCGUCAUGUUCGGCAGGAGGGUCUCAAAGAUUUAAAGAAAGACGUUCGCGAUGGAUUGCCCGUUGAUGAUGGGAACAAGCUCACUAAGAAGUUUCAAGUAAUAGUCGAUAAAUAUACGAAAGAUAUCGAUGAUAUCUUGAAAGCAAAGACGAAAGAAAUACAAAAUAGUUGA